CCCGCGCCGCCGCUGACAGGAGGACCGCCGCGGGCUGCGCUUGCCCGCCGCGAGGCCCCGCCGCGCCUUUCCGGGGCGCAGACCCACCGCGGGCGUCGGAGCGCAGCGAGGUGCUCUGGGAAUCGCGGGCGGCGCCGGCGGGCGGCGCGGUCCUCACUCGGGAUCCCGGGGACUGGGGCUUGGCCCCGAGGUGCAGCGAGCCCCUCAGAGCCGCAGUUUUGUGAGUACUAGAAUAGCACAACCAUGUUUCGGAAUAGUCUGAAGAUGCUUCUUACUGGAGGGAAAUCAAGUCGUAAAAACAGAUCAAGUGAUGGAGGGAGCGAGGAACCACCAGAUCGAAGACAGUCAAGUGUAGACUCUCGCCAAAGCCGCUCUGGGCAAGGUGGCAUCUCCACAGAAAGCGACUGUGCUUUUGAGCCAGACUACGCCGUUCCACCACUUCCCGUGAGUGAAGGUAUGCAGCACAUUCGGAUUAUGGAGGGCAUGUCUCGCUCUCUUCCAUCCUCCCCCUUACUCACACAUCAGUCUAUCAGUGUUCGGCUCCAACCUGUGAAGAAGUUAACUGCCCCUCUGAGGAAGGCAAAGUUUGUUGAGAGCCCACGAAUUCCAGAAUCCGAGCUUGGCUCACCAACCCUCGCUUCAGCUCAGAAACUGGAUGUGGAUGCAUACUGCCCUGGUGAUGCUGAACAGGAACUUGGUCCCCCUCCAUCUGUAGAUGAGGCAGCAAACACACUCAUGACUCGUCUGGGUUUCCUCCUUGGAGAGAAAGUCACGGAAGUUCAGCCAGGUGACCAAUACAACAUGGAAGUACAGGAUGAAAAUCAGACCUCAGCAAUCACCCAACGGAUAAGUCCCUGUUCCACCCUGACAAGUAGCACUGCGUCUCCACCAGCCAGCAGCCCCUGUUCCACCCUCCCGCCAGUCAGUACAAAUGCAACUGCCAAGGAUUGCAGCUAUGGGGCUGUUACUAGUCCAACCUCUACCCUUGAAAGCAGAGAUAGUGGCAUUAUUGCUACCUUGACAAGCUAUUCUGAAAACGUAGAACGCACAAAAUAUGUUGGGGAAAGCAGUAAAGAAUUAGGAUCUGGAGGAAACCUAAAACCUUGGCAAUCUCAAAAAUCCAGCAUGGAUUCCUGUUUGUAUCGAGUAGAUGAAAACAUGACGGCUUCCACCUAUAGUCUGAAUAAGAUCCCAGAGAGGAAUUUGGAAUCAGUUUUAUCACAAUCAGUACAGUCUAUUCCUCUGUAUCUUAUGCCACGACCAAAUUCAGUAGCAGCCACAAGCUCUGCCCACUUGGAAGACCUUGCUUACCUGGAUGAGCAGAGACACACACCUUUGAGAACUUCUCUUCGAAUGCCGAGACAGAGCAUGGGUGGUGCUCGCACGCAACAGGAUUUAAGAGUUCACUUUGCACCUUAUAGGCCUCCAGAUAUCUCCCUGAAGCCUCUGCUUUUUGAAGUGCCCAGCAUCACUACAGAGUCCGUGUUUGUUGGUCGGGAUUGGGUUUUCCACGAAAUAGAUGCUCAGCUUCAGAGUUCGAAUGCCAGUGUGAACCAAGGAGUAGUGAUUGUGGGAAAUAUUGGGUUCGGCAAAACUGCCAUCAUCUCCAGACUGGUGGCCCUCAGCUGCCAUGGAACACGGAUGAGGCAGAUUGCCUCAGACAGCCCACAUGCCUCCCCCAAACAUGUGGAUGCCAACAGAGAACUGCCACUCACCCAGCCACCUUCAGCCCACUCAUCCAUCCCCAGUGGAAGCUGCCCAGGAACCCCAGAAAUGCGCAGGCGGCAGGAGGAGGCUAUGCGGAGACUAGCCUCACAGGUGGUUGCCUAUCACUAUUGCCAAGCAGAUAAUGCCUACACCUGCCUAGUACCAGAAUUUGUCCACAAUGUUGCCGCCCUGCUCUGCCGCUCGCCUCAGUUGGCAGCCUAUCGGGAGCAGCUUCUUCGGGAGCCUCAUUUACAGAGCAUGCUGAGCCUUCGAUCCUGUGUUCAAGACCCCAUGGCCUCCUUCCGGAGAGGAGUCCUUGAGCCCCUGGAAAAUCUCCACAAAGAGAGAAAAAUCCCAGAUGAAGAUUUCAUCAUCUUAAUUGAUGGAUUAAAUGAAGCAGAAUUUCACAAACCGGAUUAUGGGGAUACAAUUGUAUCGUUUCUGAGUAAAAUGAUUGGAAAAUUUCCUUCUUGGCUCAAACUAAUUGUAACAGUUAGAACCAGUUUACAGGAAAUUACCAAGCUGCUGCCUUUCCAUAGGAUUUUUUUGGAUCGACUAGAAGAGAAUGAAGCCAUAGACCAGGACCUGCAGGCUUACAUCCUGCACCGGAUACACAGCAGCUCAGAGAUCCAGAAUAACAUUUCACUUAAUGGCAAAAUGGACAAUACUACAUUUGGCAAACUCAGUUCUCACCUCAAGACCCUCAGUCAGGGGUCCUAUCUAUACCUGAAACUCACAUUUGACCUCAUAGAGAAAGGCUAUCUAGUGUUAAAGAGCUCUAGCUACAAAGUAGUUCCUGUUUCGCUCUCUGAGGUUUAUUUACUCCAGUGCAAUAUGAAGUUCCCAACCCAGUCUUCCUUUGACCGGGUGAUGCCUCUCCUGAAUGUGGCAGUAGCCUCUCUGCACCCACUGACUGAUGAACAUAUCUUCCAGGCCAUCAAUGCUGGUAGCAUUGAAGGCACCCUAGAAUGGGAGGAUUUUCAGCAGAGAAUGGAGAACCUCUCCAUGUUCCUAAUCAAGCGCAGAGACAUGACUCGUAUGUUUGUACAUCCUUCUUUUCGAGAAUGGCUUAUCUGGAGAGAAGAAGGAGAGAAAACCAAAUUUCUCUGUGAUCCCAGGAGUGGUCACACAUUACUUGCUUUCUGGUUUUCCCGCCAAGAGGGAAAACUAAACCGACAGCAGACUAUUGAACUGGGACAUCACAUCCUCAAAGCACACAUUUUUAAGGGUUUGAGUAAAAAAGUUGGUGUGUCAUCUUCCAUCCUCCAAGGUCUCUGGAUCUCUUAUAGCACAGAAGGUCUUUCCAUGGCAUUGGCAUCUUUACGGAAUCUCUACACUCCAAAUAUAAAGGUCAGCCGGCUGCUGAUUUUGGGAGGUGCCAACAUUAAUUACCGGACAGAGGUUUUAAAUAAUGCUCCAAUUCUGUGUGUCCAGUCUCAUCUUGGCUACACAGAAAUGGUGGCCCUGCUGUUGGAGUUUGGGGCCAACGUGGAUGCCUCUUCUGAAAGUGGCCUGACUCCCUUGGGCUACGCAGCAGCAGCGGGCUACCUGAGCAUCGUUGUGCUGCUAUGCAAGAAACGUGCCAAGGUGGAUCAUUUGGACAAGAAUGGUCAGUGUGCUUUGGUCCAUGCUGCUCUCCGAGGUCAUCUGGAGGUUGUCAAAUUUUUGAUUCAGUGUGACUGGACAAUGGCUGGCCAGCAGCAAGGAGUAUUUAAGAAGAGCCAUGCCAUCCAGCAAGCCCUCAUUGCUGCAGCCAGCAUGGGUUACACGGAGAUUGUCUCCUACCUACUUGAUCUUCCAGAAAAAGAUGAAGAAGAAGUAGAGCGAGCACAGAUCAACAGUUUUGACAGUCUCUGGGGAGAGACAGCACUGACAGCUGCAGCUGGAAGGGGCAAACUGGAGGUAUGCCGUCUGCUCUUGGAACAGGGGGCAGCAGUGGCCCAGCCAAACCGCCGUGGGGCAGUGCCCCUGUUCAGCACUGUUCGCCAGGGCCACUGGCAGAUUGUUGAUCUUUUACUCACCCAUGGAGCUGAUGUCAAUAUGGCAGACAAGCAGGGUCGUACUCCCCUGAUGAUGGCUGCCUCUGAAGGCCAUCUAGGAACUGUGGACUUUCUACUUGCACAAGGUGCCUCCAUUGCUCUAAUGGACAAAGAAGGAUUGACAGCCCUCAGCUGGGCUUGCUUGAAGGGUCAUCUGUCAGUAGUCCGUUCUCUGGUGGAUAAUGGAGCUGCUACAGACCAUGCUGACAAGAACGGCCGCACCCCCCUGGAUCUGGCAGCUUUCUAUGGUGAUGCCGAGGUGGUCCAGUUCUUGGUGGAUCACGGGGCCAUGAUUGAACAUGUUGACUAUAGCGGAAUGCGCCCUUUGGAUAGGGCAGUGGGGUGCCGGAACACUUCUGUUGUUGUCACUCUUCUGAAGAAAGGAGCCAAGAUAGGUUGUCAGACGUUACCGAGUCGCCCACGAGGUCCAGCCACAUGGGCGAUGGCCACCUCCAAACCAGACAUCAUGAUCAUCCUGUUGAGCAAGCUGAUGGAAGAGGGGGACAUGUUUUAUAAGAAAGGUAAAGUAAAGGAGGCUGCCCAGCGCUACCAGUAUGCUCUGAAGAAAUUCCCCCGAGAAGGAUUUGGUGAGGACUUGAAAACCUUCCGGGAACUAAAGGUGUCUCUCCUCCUCAACCUCUCUCGAUGUCGCAGGAAAAUGAACGAUUUUGGAAUGGCGGAGGAAUUUGCUACUAAGGCCCUGGAGCUGAAACCGAAAUCUUAUGAAGCUUACUAUGCAAGAGCAAGGGCAAAACGCAGCAGCAGACAGUUUGCAGCAGCCUUAGAGGAUCUGAACGAGGCCAUCAAGCUCUGUCCAAACAACCGUGAGAUCCAGAGACUCCUGCUGCGAGUGGAGGAGGAAUGCCGCCAGAUGCAGCCGCCGCCACCACCUCAGCAGCCGCCUCAGCCGCCUCUCCCAGAAGAAGCGGAACCGGAACCACAGCACGAAGACAUAUACUCUGUACAGGAUAUAUUCGAGGAGGAGUACCUGGAGCAGGAUGUUGAAAAUGUUUCCAUUGGCCUCCAGACCGAGGCUCGGCCCAGUCAGGGGCUCCCAAUAAUCCAGAGCCCGCCCUCCUCUCCGGCCCAUCGGGACUCAGCCUACAUCUCUAGCUCACCACUUGGCUCGCAUCAGGUUUUUGACUUCCGUUCCAGUAGCUCUGUAGGUUCUCCCACCAGACAGGGCUAUCAAUCCACCUCACCCGCUCUUUCUCCGACUCACCAGAACUCUCAUUACAGGCCUAGUCCUCCGCAUACUUCCCCAGCCCACCAGAGCGGCUCUUACCGCUUUAGCCCCCCGCCCGUGGGAGGACAGGGCAAGGAAUACCCAAGCCCCCCUCCUUCCCCUCUCCGGAGAGGCCCCCAGUAUCGGGCCAGCCCUCCUGCUGAAAGCAUGAGUGUCUAUAGAUCUCAGUCUGGCUCACCCGUGCGCUAUCAGCAAGAAACAAGUGUUAGUCAGCUUCCUGGCAGACCGAAAUCCCCAUUAUCCAAAAUGGCCCAGCGGCCCUACCAGAUGCCUCAGCUUCCUGUGGCAGUUCCCCAGCAAGGGCUUAGGCUACAGCCUGCCAAGGCCCAGAUUGUGAGAAGCAACCAGCCCAGCUCAGCGGUUCAUUCAAGCACUGUCAUCUCCACAGGGGCCUAUGGCCAAGUAGCCCACUCGAUGGCUAGUAAAUACCAGUCUUCACAAGGAGACAUGGGAGUAAGUCAGAGCCGAUUGGUUUAUCAAGGGUCAAUUGGGGGGAUCGUAGGAGAUGGGAGACCUGUGCAACAUGUCCAGGCUAGCCUAAGUGCAGGUGCCAUCUGUCAACAUGGAGGGUUGACCAAAGAAGACCUUCCACAGCGACCUUCCUCAGCAUAUCGGGGUGGUAUGAGAUACAGCCAGACGCCACAGAUUGGGCGUAGUCAGUCUGCAUCCUAUUACCCAGUCUGUCACUCAAAACUAGAUCUGGAGCGUUCCUCCAGCCAGCUAGGUUCCCCUGAUGUGUCACAUUUAAUCAGAAGACCUAUUAGUGUCAACCCUAAUGAAAUCAAGCCCCAUCCACCCACUCCCAGGCCGCUGCUGCACUCCCAGAGUGUAGGCCUCCGCUUCUCUCCAUCCAGCAAUAGUAUCUCAUCAGCUUCCAACCUCACUCCUACCUUCCGGCCAUCUUCUUCGAUUCAACAAAUGGAGAUCCCACUAAAACCGGCGUAUGAUAGGUCAUGUGAUGAGCUGUCACCAGUGUCUCCCACUCAGGGAGGUUACCCCAGUGAGCCCACCCGAUCCAGGACCACACCAUUCAUGGGGAUCAUAGAUAAAACAGCCCGGACUCAACAGUACCCCCACCUUCACCAGCAGAAUCGGACCUGGGCCGUGUCAUCAGUGGAUACCGUUCUCAGCCCCACGUCUCCAGGCAACCUGCCUCAGCCCGAGUCCUUCAGUCCACCAUCAUCCAUCAGCAACAUUGCCUUUUAUAACAAAACCAACAAUGCACAGAAUGGCCAUUUGCUGGAGGACGAUUAUUACAGCCCCCAUGGGAUGCUGGCUAAUGGGUCCCGUGGAGACCUCUUGGAGAGAGUCGGCCAGGCCUCCUCAUAUCCUGAUGUGAAGGUGGCUCGGACCCUCCCUGUGGCUCAGGCAUACCAGGACAACCUGUACAGGCAGUUGUCCCGGGACUCUCGACAAGGGCAGACAUCCCCUAUCAAACCAAAGAGACCAUUUGUGGAGUCUAAUGUUUAAAAGACGUUUGUUGGAGUGAGACCCAUAUGUUUUCACUGCACAUUUUCAGGCUUGGUUUCCACAUUUGAGGUAGUUCUCUGGCUUAAUUUCUCAUGUAGUUUCUGUGUGGUGUUCAGAGGUGGCAGCCCACAUGCCGGAGUUCUUUGCAUGCAGCCGACCGGGAAGCUGGCCUCCAGGGAGCCAGGACUUCGGUUUCUCUCGUCUGUGCCCCAGCCACAUGCUCUCUCCCUCUCUUCCGAUGCCAACGAGGAGAUUGUUGUGCCGUGUGCUUUAACCCAGGGAGAUCAGACACACUGGUCAGCUUUUUCCAGGAGACAAUCGCUUUCACUGAUGUUCUUGUUGUGUGAAUGUCUUUCUCCUUUUUUACAAAAAUAAGGUGUUCUUGUUUGUUUUCUUCUAGGAACUUUAGAAAGAGUAUGAUGCCCCUUUGCCUUUGCAUUCUUAUCCAGUGUUAUCCAAAUAGCCAACCCCAGUGCAUUCUUGUGCCAUGGUCUCCUCCCCAGGACUGCCAGCUCCCUGCAGUCAUCAGGUCUAGAAUGUUCAUUUAGGUUAUUGCUGGUCUUCCUACGGGGGCAGAAGGAUCAAGGAGAAAGAGAAGAAACAGGUCUAUUAAAUUGGAAGAAAAAAACCAAUAUAAUUAUUUAAAAUGUCACUACACUGAUUUUCCAAGAAGUGUUUAUGAGUAUUUAGAAAACAACCAGCCCUUUAAAUAUUUCACUCAGCCAAGGAAAUCGGAUGAGGAUCAUGGAUAUUUUAAAAUAAUUCACCAAGAGGUAUUCUUUAGGUUUUUAGCCAACAAUUAACUAUUAAAAUCUACUGAUUUUUCAGGGGUGGUGGGGGCAGCAUUGGGGAUGGCAGGAAUACAUAAAUAGAGCAAGAGGAAGACUGUUCUUGAUUCUCAGUGAAAGGCUAGAGAAAAAUCUUUGUCUUGGAGAAGUCUGCUCUUUAGGUCCUGAUGUAUCAUUGAGCAUCAUAUUCCACAAAAGCAAGCCCUUCCUGGAGUGUGACUGGUACAAUAAUCCUGUCAGUGGGUCUUCACCCAGAGGCCCGAUUGUGUUCUUACCAGCCCUCCUCUUUAAAACCCACGUGGUAUAGUGAAAAGAUUGGUUCUCUGAGAAGCAAACAAUUCUCUUGGAACUCUAUUCCUGAAGUUUGCACCCAGGGCCACUGCACCCUGUGCCAGAUGUCAUCUGAUUGCAUUUCCAGAUCUAGUUUAAUUAUCUAUUACUCUAGGAAUUGUUUCUUCUUUUCUUUUUCGAGGUAGGAGUGUUUGGGGAGCGAUCUUUGAAAACCAGACACAGCAAAGUGUUUCAGGGAGAAGACAGACCCCUUUCAGCCUUGGGUGGGGGCACAGGAGACAGACAGCAGGUCUUCUGAUCCAGCUACCCUCCACCCUUCUGUGUCUUGUGGUCAUUUGCUGACCUGUCCUGUGCGUGACUGAGGCCAGCAUGAGAUGGACAGCAAGAACACUGAAACCAAAGCCUUAGCACAGGCCUGGUACUGACUGCACAUCAGCUCUGAAAACUUCAGAAACUGGACAAAAGAGAAUUUGUUCUCUGUCCUUAGGAAUCAUUCUGCUCUUGUUCGUAAAGGGCUAUUGGAAGGGCAGUUUCCUGAAUAAAAAUCCAGAUGUGACCAGACCUGUUUGUAAUAGUAAGUGUCCUCUGAAAGUAUCACUAAGACACAGUGAGCAUGAAGCUGAGAUCAGAAACAUUUCGCUACUAUUUUAGAUUCUGCCAAAUAGAUGGACCCUCCGCCCCCAAGCCUGAAACAGGCCAGGACUUGUCUCUCUGUGCUAGAAGCAGACAGCUGGGCCAGCUCAAGACCCAGACUCUUUCCACUCUCUCUGAUGCCUAGGGACUGUCUCCUACUCAGCUAGCCGAGGGCAGGUGCCAGUGUCUUAUCCCUUCUCUUCUCCUUCCACCUCCCUCCCUCCCUCCCUCCCUCCCCCUUCCUUCCUCCCUCCCUCCCUCUCUCUCUCUCUCUCUCUCUCUCUCUCUCUCUCUCUUUCUCUCUCUCUCUCUGAGAAGAUGAAGUGUUCAGCUGUAGCACCAGCCUGCAGCCAGGAGCCCAGCUCCCGCUUUGUCCAGGUCUCAGCCCUAUGGGGCCCUUUGCAUCUCCUCCCUUCGUCACCUCUCACUGAGGAGCUGCUGCUACAUUCUGAGAAAUUUCUGUAUCUGUCAGGAAAGUGCCCCUGCUUAUUUGAAACACCACCACACAUACCACCCGUACUCAGCUGUCUAGGCAAGUGAGCAGGUUCUGCAUUUUACAAACAUGCCACUGAUGCCACUUGUCCCCAGGGUCUUUCGAUUUUCCUGGACAAACCGGAGAUUGCGGGUCUAUGCCUUACUGGGCAAAACACUUAAAACAGUCAAAAUGCAAUUCUUUGUUAGCCAUUGUAUGAGGCAGUGAAUAUCACUACUGGGCUCCAGUUGAGUUUGACUAGAAUAUGCCAACUAGACCAUACUGGGGACAGGCGACCGUUUUUCCCUGUAAGCAGACUGCCUGUGCUCUGUUGCACUACUUCACUGCCAUGGGCUGAUCUUAGUACUGAAUCUCCGAGAUGCCCUCUCCCCCAGCAGCACUUGCUGAGUCAAUGUCUGGCCUCCAGUGGGGGAAGUUUUUCAGAUGAGCCUGGUAGGUUCCACUCACCCAGUUCACAUCACCCUGAAAUGGAGACAGUAGUAACAGACUUCAGCCUCUAGAUUUCUCACCAAAUUGUACGUUUCGUUCACCCAGAAUUCUUGCACUAAUGGGUUCCCAUCACAUGUCUAUAAAUGGGUGCACUUUACUGUUUGAAUUUGUAACUCUGAUAAAUACUGGAUAUUUAAGUGUGCGUGAUGUCUUCAUUAGAAAAUAGCAAAACCGCUCUUGUCUUUUAGUGUAUCUUCCAAGGAAGAAAAAAAAAAGGAAAGAAAUCAAGCAGUGGAUCACAACAUUUAUAGCACAAGAAAUAACUUGUAUAUAAGCAUCAAAAAGAUUAAGGAUUUUUAAAUACAAAAAAAUAUUUGCAGUGAUUUUAAAGUGCUUUUCCAGCAAUUUUCUUAGGGACUCCUGAGACAUGGUUACUUUAUUUACUGGAUCAGUAAGGCACACAAUUAACAAUUAAAAAUUAAUGUUUAUUUACAAAGUAAAGGGAAAACCUGUGUAACAUGAGAAUUUGGCACGGACAAAAUGGAGACCAUUUUGUAUCUGCUGUUGUAUCUUGUCCGGGUUGCAGACGUGCACUAUUAAAGCCCCAAGUUAAUAGAGCACAAACCCUUCUGUUCCUCUCCCAUGUGCCCCUCUUUCUAGAUGUGUUUAACUGAAACUCGAAGGCUCAGGAAAAUCCUACUAAUUAGAAUCAUGUACAGUACCCCAGGUCAUUGUCCAGAGAUACAAGUUUGCUAAUUUAGUCAAGCCUGGAUUAUUAAACACUUUUCCUAAAUUAUUGUAAACAGAUCAGCCUAGAGAAAGGUAUUCUCGGUCCUCAUAUUGUAUAGUAGUUUAUGAACCCCUCUCGAAAUAUUGGUAUUUUUAUAUUCCAGAGAUGUACCCAAUAGAAAAAUUAACCAGUAUCUAAUUUAAUAUCCAUAAGUAUUUUCCUUAGAUAUUUAGUCCUGUACAGUGGGUUAUGUGGACAUCACCUUGCUUCAACCAACCACAUUCUACCACUAGUCACUAGGUGUCACUGUGGCUCUGCACCAGGCUUGUCUGGUGGCAAAGGAGGGCAGCAUGUCCCCCUGGAGGAGCCGCCUCCAGGGUAGCCCGCAGGCCCAGAGGGUUCAGGAAGGAGGGACAGAGGCCUGCAGAGGUGUCUUCACGGAUCUGUGCCAGUUGUGGCAAGAUAAGCUCUUUGAACACUACCUGCUUUGGACCUUGAGCCAGGCAGAGGCUGGGAGAAUGCCGACUAGAACUCACUUGCUCUGGUGGAUGGGUGGGUGUGAGUAAGACUCCUUUACUCCCCACAAGCACCCCUUCUCAGUUCCUCUUGGCCUCCAACUUUUAUAACUCCAGAGAUGUCACAGUUGGGUGGUUUGAUUCAAAAAUAGUUAUUUUUCUACUGCAGAAAUGCCUUGGACAAAACCAGUUGCUCACUGAAUCUUUGCCACAAAACGGAACAGGCUCCCCCUCCCUCUCCCAGCCUCUCCCACCCUGUCUGUCUGUCCUUGGGCUGCCCACUUCUCAAGAAACCAACUUGCAAAGGCAGCCUGCUGCUGCUUCCACACCGAGGCCUGUGCUGCCCCGUUGAGUGAACAUUGGGAGGUGUGGCUUUUUCUCCUUUUCCUCUAGGAAUUCCAGACUGACCAUCUACCAUGACUAAUAACAAUGAACAAAGGGCUUAGGGGUAAGAGCUACCUACAAAGAUGUGUCAUGGAAACCUUCACCAUGCAAUGCCUUGAACUCAGCUCUGGCUGCUCCCAAGAAAAGGUGGCGGCGGGGGGGCGGGGGGCCUGGACACAAGCACAAUGGGAAUGGUGGAGCCACUGUGCAGAGCUACUUGAAUAAUCACUGGGUCUUCAUCAACUCUUAUAACACAGACCACUCAAGGGCUGAAGUGUUGGUAACCUGCAUUUCGGUGUCCAAUGCCUCACAGCUGCUGAACCACCCUGAGAUGCUUGUGGCCACAUGAUGGCCAGUCAGAGCUUUGCAAGUCUGUACCAAAUGAAUGCGUAAUUGGACACCAAAAAUCAAGUGUUACUUUCAUGUUUCCUCACCCAUAUCAUCUCACUUCUUCCUGCUGACUCUGAUAAUCUCCACUAAGCUGACCUGUCAGGUUUUAGCUGAACGCAUAUAGAUGCAGGCCAGUAUCACUCUCGUUUUUCAGACAGACUUACUCUCUGGAAAGGAAGGAGCCUAGCUGCUUUGUUUUUGUAGCACUUACUGGCUGGAGUUUUCUUUUGCCUAAUCGCUAACCAGAACACAUGGUUAGGGGGACUCAACUCAGUCCCUUUGGUCCCCAGGACCAGACAGACAGUUAAUUCUGGAAAUUCAGUACUUGAAUGUACCUGCCUUAUUGUGUACCAGCUUACUGGAAAAAAAAAAAAAAAAGAAAUGCUGGCUCCAGAUCUCGCCUUCAUUGACAGGUUAUUUUGGGAAUCCUGUAAGUUACACUUCCUGUUCCGGUUUGGUUUUGUUUUUGUUUUUGUUUUUUUCCUUUGGCUGAUUCCUGCUGAGUGGGGCCAGUUCCUCAUCAGGCUCAGGGCAGGUGCCAUCCUCAGGCAUGGCCUCCUUUCCAUUUAGCGCAGCAUCUCCGUCUCUGUUCUGUCUCCUCCAAAUCCAAGAUGAUUUUAAUUAGUACAGACAUGUACAGUCUACACUUACAGAGUGAUUUGUACUAAUAUGAUUUUGAUUCCUCCUCCUCUUUGCUGUCCUUUCAAGACACUUGCUGGAAAAAGCUUUAAUGCACUUAGUUUUCCUUUAGGUUUUCUAUGAUUCAGAUGUAAAGGACUUUCUCUGUACAGUAUAUUAUCCAAUGCAUGUUUGUUCUCUCUCCCGAUAUAUUGAACACCACGCAGUUGUGAACUCGUGCAGUGGGGAUGUCCCACACCCAACAGAGGCAUUUAGCCCCCUGUGUAUAAGGAAAGACAUUUUCCUUUGCUGUACUUGCUUGAGCAGUUGUAUUGUCUGUACAUGUGAGCUGUGUGAGAUAGAUGUGAAAAGUUCAAUGAAUGCAUUUCCCUGCCCAUGUGUACAGAUCGCCAUCCGUACAAUGAACUGUAUGUAUGAAAGCAAAUGUACUUAUUUAUAAAGGGUAACACUUGG